CUGAACUAGUACAACCUAGUAAGCUAAGCGGUACGUUCGUUUAUCAGGAAAAACGGUUGGAACUCGCUAAAAAUCGAAUUCAGCAGUUUUUUCGCUUUUUUUGCAGUCGGCAGUUUUUACGGCGUGUUGGUGUAUAAUAGUGUAUAUUGUACCCUCUUAUAAACGAUAAAUUUUUAAAUUUAUGGAUAAUUUGUUUGAGGUUCUCGUAUUUUUACUUUAGUUAGUUUUAGUACCUGUGUAACUGUCUCUGUUUAUAUAUACAUACGUGAUAAUGUAGUGAAGUUAAAAGUUAUGGUAUUGAGUGAGAACGGAAAGUUAUAAUGAUGAGGAUGAAAUUAUGGACCAAAUCAGAGACUAUUAUUGGUGUUAAUGAUUCGCUUUCAUUCUCAUCGAACGAAUUGAGUAUAUGUGAGGAGAUCGACGCUGCGAUGGAGGAGGAGGGCGAGCUGCGCGGCGGCGGCCCGGACGAUCCAGGCCACCUCCUGGUGCGCAUCCACGUGCCGGAACUCAGCGUGCAGAAGUGCCUACAGUUCCCCAGGGACCAGCUCGUGUGGGACGUCAAACAACAAUGUCUGGCCGCCUUGCCCAAGGAGCUGAAGGAGAGCUUCAACUACGGCCUGUUUUGUCCUCCGGAAAAUGGCCGCGCAGGGAAGUUUCUGGAUGAGGAACGACGCCUGGGGGACUACCCUUUCAACGGACCAGUGGGCUAUCUGGAGCUCAAGUAUAAGAGAAGGGUGUACAAGAUGGUGUCGUUGGAUGAAAAGCAGUUGAAAAGUUUACAUACCAGGGCAAAUUUGAGGCGAUUUUUGGAUUAUGUACAGAACGGUCAGGUGGAGAAAAUUACGAAGAUGUGCUUAAAAGGUUUGGAUCCGAAUUUUCAUUGUCAGGACUCAGGAGAAACACCCCUCACGAUCGCCACCGGCAUCAAGAAGCCCGCCAAGGUUCUCAUGGCGCUGGUGAACGGCGGCGCCCUCCUGGACUACCGCACCAAAGACGGUUCCACGGCCCUGCACAAGGCGGUGGAACACAAGAGCCUCGACGCCCUCAAAACGCUACUGGAGCUGGGGGCUUCCCCCAACUACAAGGACAACCGGGGGCUGACGGCGCUCUACUUUACCGUAACACCCAACGUGGAUCCGGUGUUUACGGAGACGCUGCUGCACGAUUACGCGACGACGGGUGCCGCGGACACGCAGGGCUGGCACGAAGUUCAUCAGGCGUGCAAAAACGGUCUGCUAAAACAUCUAGAGCACCUGCUGUUCUACGGAGCAGACAUGAACUCGCGUAACGCAUCCGGAAACACCCCCCUCCACGUCUGCGCAGUCAACAGCCAGGAAUCCUGCGCGAGGCAGCUACUGUUUAGGGGCGCAGAUCGGGAAGCGCUGAAUUUUGCCAACCAGACGCCUUAUCAAGUGGCGGUGAUAGCUGGCAACAUGGAACUGGCGGACUUGAUACAGAAUUACCGUCAGGAAGAUGUCGUACCCUUCCGCGGCCCCCCCAGCUACAACCCCAAACGGCGCAGCGCCAUCGGCUGGCUGAGCCGGACGCCCUCCCUCGGCGCCCUGGCCACCCAGGCCUUCCCGCCCCCCGUCUCCCCCUGUCCCAGCGAUCGCUCCUCGCUCCCCUUCAGCUCGGCCAGCUCCAGCCUCAGCGAGGGAAGCAGCGGCGGCAACUGCACGAUGGCCCACCAUCACGAGACAGACACGGCCAGCAUCGUUACCGUGCUCGCACUGGGUGUUGCAGAUAAAAGCCUUGGCGAUGCCAGUGACAUCAUCAGCGACAGUUCCGGGGUGGGUACCGCCAACUCGGACACGACCAACUGUAGCAUAUCAAUGCCGGGAAGUACCGUGGUCUGCAUCGAGUCGUACUACCCGAAGGAGAAGGGACACAUCAGCAUCAGGGAAGGCGAACUCAUCGAAGUAACUGGAGCCACUGACGACGGCUUCCUCGAAGGCAACGUCCGAAGUACAGGCAACAGGACCGGAUUAUUCCCAGCUAGCUGCGUGCAGGAGGUGAAGUUGCGACACCACAACAUCCAGGCGCACAUGAUGGUGGCCAGAGAUGCCAGGAUACCUCCCGGAGGAGCCUCCCAGGCAGGAGGCAGGGUCGUGGGACGGAGGGAGAGCACGAGCAAACAGUUCGCUACCACACCCAGGACAAGGAAAUCAUGUUCUGAGUUGACUUCCGAACCCCGUACCGUCGUUUUACACAAAGGAAGGAAAGGAUUCGGCUUCAUUUUACGCGGUGCUAAGGCAAUGUCUCCGUUGAUGGAAAUGACGCCAUCCGAAAAAUGUCCAGCGCUGCAGUACUUGGAUGAUGUCGACCCAGGUGGUGUAGCAGACAUGGCUGGUCUCAAGAAAGGAGAUUUCCUGAUAGAAAUCAAUAACGAAAAUGUUUCCUCAGCAUCGCAUGAACAUGUGGUCGACUUGAUUAGAAGAUCUGGAGAUUUAGUGAAAAUGAUGGUUAUUUCGUGGGAUCCACCGACAUCACAAGCUACGAUUCACAUGAGUCGCUCGACCAUCCUGCCUGGUAACAUUACCCACGACCAAACAGCUACCAGGCAAUUCUCAACGUUGCCUAGGAAGAUGGGCGCUGCUUCCAACGCUCUUGGUCGUUCCUCCCAAGCUCCCCUGCCACCCAGAAGGGAUCCGAAAACGACCCUUAGUAUCGGGAGGGCUAGGGCGAAAAGCUUAGUAGCCGGAUUAGGUGGAGAUAGAGAUGAGACUGAUGACGUGGCCAAAUCGAGUUCGGCCGAAUCGAUACAGCAAUCGCAAGGCGGUACCGGAAACAGUACUCCCGUUCAACUCAGGACGGCGUCGAUUCGACAAAGGCCUACUUCAACGAGAAUUGCUCACACCGCUUUAGAAGAACUGUUCCAGAACAGUCAGGAUGUAGAUAUUAGUAGUGGGAAUAGUAGGAGUAAUACGAGUAGUAAACCUGCCAGAGGAAAAGUCUAUACUAGCGUGGCUGAAAUGAAAAGGAAUAAAGCUAAGGCAAAAACAAAGUUCUUUGACAUUUUCGGUACCCGCUCCUUACGCAGGGACUUCCACAGUACGCCCGACCUCGCUCAAGAGGCGGCCUACUUCAACUCACACACGUUACCAAAUACCAAAAACCAUCGAAGCCAGGAGGACCUGGGUAUCCUCAUGGGCAUAAACAGGAACCUACCGCCCCCAACACAUCCUCCACCGCCACCACCACAAGUACAAGUAGUCACUAUGGAGAUGCCCAGGCCGAAAUCGGAGUACGAUACCUUGAAGAGGGACAUGCAAGAAGGGGUAGCUUCGUCUUUCAAUCCUACCACCAGCGCGAAACUCUACGCUUCCCCUGAAGACAUGAAGACCGUUGGAUACAGAUCGAAGAGUCUACCAUCACAUACCUCCAGAGCUCUAAGGAAGUCGCAAAGUAUGAAGCAAACUUCUACACCUUUCAAAGGUUCUGGUACCUCAACGGGUCCAGUUAAUAAGACUUCGCAGCAAGCUAACCAAUAUGCUCAACCUAUUAGGACAUCCAGGUCUAAUUCUACCGUUAGCAAUCGGAGUAAAAGAAAAAAGAUCCCUGUUAGUAAAUCCACGCCUAGUAUCGUUCAAAUCGCCCAUUCUAGUCCACCGUCUAUACCUGAACCUGACUACAGCUGCACGGAUUCUGAAGCAGAAAGUGACAGAGAACCCAGGGAUAUCAGUACUUUGGCAGCCAGGUUGUCGACUGUUCAGCUACAGCCUAUAGAAAACAGUGGAAAUAGUAAUACCAGUGGAAGCAGCUCAAGUAGUACCUCAGUCGCUCACAGUUUUAGCGUGGAAGAGAUUCAGAAGACCCGAUUGCAGUUAAAAUCGUCAAAGUCCUAUCCUGACGAUUUCUUCAACAAACAGAACGAAGGUGCGGACAAAAUCGAUGCUGUUGAAGAUGGAGACAACAGUUCGUCGGGUGUCAGUUCGGAUCAGGAAAUAACGAACGUGUCAAGCCAUGAUUACGAUUCGAAAUCUGUGUCGUCGGCAAAAUUACAAAGGCCACAAGCCAGUCUUCUAAAAAGACAUGCAGUGUCAUUGGCCCAGCUACCUCCGCCCAUUGAAAAUGAAGAUGAAAAAGAAGAAUUCUGCUUGCCACCCCCACCCGAAUUCAACGGCAACCAAUCCAGUUUGCUUUCUAGCGAAGAACUUGUCGUAGCUCCUCCUCCUCAAUUCAGUGAUAACCGACAAGUUACUAGAGUUAGAAUAGUUGGAGCAGUACCUAAAGGAGUAUCUUCAAGAACCAGCCAGCCAAAGAUCAAGCAAGGUCGGCUGCAUAGCCAAUAAGUGCAUAAAAAACGACCAAACAACUAUUAAUAUCGAAUUUUAAAAAUAUACCAUUCACAUGUUGUAGGUGCAGUGUAUUAUUCUAAAUCUCUCUGUCAAUUAUCGUUUCACAUUUUCGUGCAUGGCCUAAACAUAAACUUGAACCGUAGGAAAAGAAGUAGAUCAUAGUAUCAGCAUAUUAUUCAAGAUUACUUACACAGACACAUCAUUCAAUAAUAUUAGCCGUAGUGUUUUCUACACUGAUUUUAAUAUAAGCUCUGAAAUCUACAAAGAUAAGGUUUUAAAUAACGAAACUAAAAAUACUUAAAACUAUCACAAGUCAGUAUUAUAUUUUGAUUUUUGAUCAUUAAUACAAAUAUCUCGAUUUUUAUAGGCGACAACAAUAAUAUUUUCUUCCUAGCUAUAUAUGCCCAGCGAAACAAUAUAUAUUUUCGACAGACGACAUCCAAAAAAAUGACGGAAAUACAAUCUACUUUUAAAUUAAAAUUACAGACAACUGUAUUAUACA